GUACAGGAAAUAUUUAGCUUGAAAGGUCACAACAGGAGGAUCAGAGAGAUGACCGGAGGGCUGGAGCACCUCCACUACGAGGACAGGCUGGGAGGGCUGGGGCUCUUUGGCCUGGAGAAGGCUCUGGGGCGACCUUAGAGCAGCCUUCAGUAGGUCCCUGAAGGGGACCUACAGGAAAGCUGGGGAGGGACUUUUUAUCAGGGCACGUAGCAACAGGAUGAGGGGAAAUGGUUUUAAACUGGAAGAGGGUGGAUUUAGACUAGAGGUUAGGAAGAAAUGCUUUCCUGUGAGGGGAGUGAGGCACUGGAACAGGUUGCCCAGCAAGGCUGUGGAUGCCCCCUCCCCGGAGCAUUCAAGGCCAGGCUGAAUGGGGCUGUGAGCAGCCUGGUCUAGAGCAGGGACGGGGAGAACAAGAUGGUCCCUUAAGGUCCCUUCCAACUCAAAACAGCCUCUGAUUCUACGAGAAGCUGUGCAUCAGAAGGGCUCCUUCUAGCUCAGGAAGGGCUCGAACGAGGUGGUGGCUCUGAGGCGGGUGGGCGGAGCGAGUAGUGCCGGUGGCAGCCGCCAUUUUCGGGCAGAGCUCGAGGAGAUGAGCUUCGUGGCGGAGCGUUAUUCUAACGGACUGUUCUUCAAGGGUCCGAAUCGCGGCAAAAAAAAAACAAGACGAGGGAGCACUAAGAAGCCGAGGGAGACCAUGGCAGAGCUCCCAGCCCUCCCCCGUCCCGCAGCGUGGCGGCUCUGACGCGUGUGGGCGGAGAGAGGAGUGCCGGCACUUGAGUAGCGCCUAGGGGCUGCCUUGGUCUCGCACGCCUGUGAGCUGCUGCGAAAAGGAACGCGGCGACACAAACAGAAAGCGCGGAUGUCCGUGCAGUGGUUCCGGUCGUGCCUGAGCCUGUCGCUGCUCCAGGAGGGCAGCAGGGAUAGCACCUGUGCGCGCUAUGAUCGUGUUGGCGACAUGUAUGCAGCAUACCCCAUGGAAGCUGAUCUGGAACGUGGCAAGGAACGCAGUGAUCUGCCUGUACGCCGCAUAUCGAGGCUGCGCCGUUUUCAUCAGCCUCAAGCCUACCGCAGGGCUGUUGCACCUAGGAUUCCUCCUUCCCUUUCUCAGAUGGAUCUUGGUUCUGAGGCUGAAGAGUAUCCCAGAAGUGCUGGCGGUGUGAGAUCUGCAGGGAGCGUGGAUCGGAAAGGGGGAGAAAAUCACCUUGCAGCUGCGGUGCUUGCCAUCCUGUUCUCUCUGGUCAUUCUGGCUGCUUUGGGUUACCUGGCCAAACAGCUGCUGAUGAAGAGACAAGCAGGAGCAAUGCUAGGUGAAACUGGCAGAGACAUGAGAAACAAAGAUCCAGCUCUGCUAAAAAAACCACGGAACUUAACAAGAAUUACCAUAGAAGUUGAAGAUCUUUCAGGGAAUCCAAACCCAAAUCUAAGUGUGUUCUCUAUUCAACUUUCUCGCCGCUCGCUGCCUUACUCUGCCAGUCCCCACAGCAAUCCUCUCAGCCUGACUUCCGCAGGCAGUGAGGAAUCGAUGAUGACUCCUGCCCGGCCGCAAGCAAGAAGACACCAAACUGUAGUUCUCUCUUAGCAGCUUUCCCAAUUCCAUCAGUUCAUUGCAUGAUGUCCACACUGAUGGCCGACCAUGACAGCGUUCACCACCUAUUCCAUAUCAUGACAUCAUGCCCAAGUUGUACAACGCAGAUACAUGUAUCUAUGCGGUCAAUAAACUAUAAUUAACACUA